GAAAAUACAUGGAGAAGGAUGUGCACUAAACAUCAGAAGUUUGUUGUUUACUAUUUUGACUUUGAGACAUAAGGACAGAUACUAACGGGACCCAAAGGCAAAGACUCUCACCUUCAGGAACAGGGAUUGUCCCCUUCUUCAAGAGAGUUUAUCUCCAUAAACAUUUUUCUCAGGGUGAAACUUUGGAACACAAACAGCGGUUCUCACCACCAGGAUUUGAAAGAGAUUCUCACCAUCAAGAAAUAAGGCAUGAUUAUGUUUGGAAACAUUAUUAGAAAAUAAAAGAUGGCAAGAUACUUGCGUAAUCUGCACAAAGUCAUUGUGGGAUUUGGGAGAGGAAGCGCAUGUUUCCACUCUCAGAUAACUUCCCCCCGAUUAGUCCUGGGAAUAGAAACAAGCUGUGAUGAUACUGGAGCUGCUGUUGUUGAUGAAAAUGGAAAGAUACUGGGAGAAUCACUUCAUUCUCAGAAGGAAGUCCAUCUAAAGACCGGUGGCAUUGUUCCUCCUGUGGCCCAACAACUCCACAGAGAUAACAUUUAUAGGGUCGUUACUGAAGCACUAGUCACCAGUGGUGUCUCUCCACAUGAACUUUCUGCCAUUGCCACUACUGUAAAACCUGGACUUGCCUUGAGCUUAGGAGUUGGUCUAUCCUACAGCUUAAAACUUGUCAACGAAUAUCAUAAACCAUUUAUCCCUAUACACCACAUGGAAGCACAUGCACUGACUGUUAGGUUAUUACAUCCUAUAGAGUUUCCAUUUUUGGUUCUGUUAAUCUCUGGAGGCCACUGUAUUCUGGCUUUGGCCAAUGGUGUAUCAGAUUUUCUGCUGCUUGGACAAUCACAGGAUGAAGCACCUGGGGACACUUUGGACAAGGUUGCCAGACAACUUUCACUCAUAAACCAUCCAGAAUGCUCCAGUAUGGGAGGUGGCCAGGCAAUUGAGCACUUAGCUCGUUAUGGGAACAGGCUACUAGUGCAUCUGCGGACACCAAUGUCACAGCACAAGGACUGCAACUUUUCGUUUGCUGGGCUACGUAGCCAGGUCAAUAACAUUAUUCAGAAAAAGGAGGCAGAAGAAGGCAUACACAAGGGGCAGGUACUGUCAUGUGUAUCUGAUAUAGCUGCUUCUGUACAGCACACAGUGGCACGUCACAUUGCCAAAAGAACACAGAGAGCUAUCAUAUAUUGCAAGAAGGAAGGACUGCUACCCCCAGCACAUCCAUUCAUGGUAGUGUCUGGUGGAGUUGCCAGCAAUGGAUAUAUACGAACAACACUACAAAGCAUGUGUGAAGCCAUGGAUGUAUCUUUGCUCUUUCCCCCACCGCAGCUCUGCACAGAUAAUGGCGUUAUGAUUGCCUGGAAUGGUAUUGAAAAAUUACGCAUCGGUUCUGGAAUUAUGUAUGAUACAGAAGGCAUCUGUUAUGAACCAAGAGCUCCUCUUGGAAUAGAUAUUUCUGAACAUGUCAGAGAAGCAGCAAUUAAACUGCCACCAUUGAAGAAUAGAACUGUUUGAUAUCUAUAGACUUUGUAAAGAAAUUAUUUGAAAUUAUGAUGUAAAACCGAUAAUUCUACUUCCCAGUUCCUGAGGACUGAAAUGUGAAUAGCGGACAUUGCUCUCAGGUUGAUCCGUGCUGCAAAGAGUGCAUCAUUCCAGCAAUUUUCUUGAUGGUUUGUUUAAGCCAGGGAUGGGCAACUGCAGCUCUCUGGACUAGUCUUUGUGGCCAGAGGAAAAACAAAAGGAAUGUGUGCCAUAGUUUCUGUGGCCCCAAGGAAAAAGCAGAAAUAAAAAAUUGUGCUUUGGGAGGCCAAAACUCAAGAGUAUUCUAAACGGGAGAGUAGCAGAUAAAGGGUACAAUGCAACCCUAACUAUAUUCCCUUUGCCAUUGAACUUUUUUUUAGUUUUUAUUUGUGUUUUAAAUAAUAUUUAUGUAGCCCUUAAGGCUUCUUAAAUAUUGACUUGUGGCCUCCAUAUGUUAUAAAUUGGCCAUCCCUGGUCUAAGCAAUAGUAGUAACAUCAAAAUAAAUAUUGACAUGAUGCAAACAAAACUAAAAUCAGAUGUUCACAUGUGGAACAAACUGAUGUAAAUGUUAUGUUUAUCAGCAAACAAUAUAGUAGUGGUGAUUACUAUGUACAAAAUAAUCGUUCUGGAGCGUUUGCUUCAAUGUUACCACCAGUGAAGGAAGAACCUCAUUUGGUGACAUAAUACUUUGGGAGAGGAUUCUGCUUCUGCACUCCCUCUAGACCAGAAAGCUAUUUGUUGUCUAUGGAAAAUCAAGUAAAUGGUAACAGCUUUGAAAGGUGUUUCAUUGACCCAGUGACCAUUAUGUAACCUUUUCAGAUGUUACUGUAUUGAUUUGAGGUUCCCAGUCAUAUGAUGUCUUGGAGAAACACUCUAAACAGGAUCUGACACCUAUAAACAGCCCCCUGUUUAAUGGAACAAUAGAGUUCUUGGACAAAUUCACAUUCCAGCAUUCUCAUUCAUCUAGGGUGAAUGGUAAUGUGGGGUAAAUAUUCUACACAUUUAUUGCUUUCAUGAAAACUAAAUGAUCUGUGAUUGUAUAGAUAGGAAAUGACUGACACCAUCCAAGCAAUCACUUUGAGAAGAUCAGAAAUAACUUUAAGAUUAAAGGCUGUUAACCUUUUUUAAAGA